AAUCAGAAGUAGCUUUGAUAAUAUGGUCCAAUCAUCUUCCUCGGGUGCAGUGACGUAGAUUUCAAGCGACGUCACACGUAUCAACAUUUAUCUGCUGCUGGAGCUGUUCAUGAAGUGAACAUUCACGUCAAUCUGUCAGAAUGGGCAGAGGCUACAUAGUGGAGGAUGUGGUGGAGAAAUAUCUGUCCAAUCUCAGUGUACCAGGUGCAUCUUGUGUCACAGGGCUUCUCAUUGGCCAGAGUUCGUCCCAGAGAGACUUUGUGGUGCUGGCUGUGAGGACACCUCAGAAGGACACAGAGGGACAGGGGUCUCCGUCGGUCAGCAGGGGAGCUGGGAACUCACUGGAACACCUGGACGUGGAGUGGGUCACAGAGCAUGCCAGACAGGUCUCCCGGAUGUUACCGGGAGGUAUGUCAGUUAUUGGUGUGUUUCUCGUCACCCCACCUGAGCUGUCGAAAGAGGCUCAAAAUACAUUGAGACGGUUGAUCUUUGCGGUGGACAAGCAUAUAUCCAAGGGACGGCUUUGGAGUCUAACAGAGGAGGACGUAACAGAGAAGGUCACACUUCACAUCUGCUCCAAAACCAGGAAAGUCGUUUGCAGAACAUAUGAUGUUCGAGAUCCCAAGAGUUCUGCCAAGCCUGCUGAUUGGAAGUACCAGUCGGGGGUGUGUACUUCCUGGCCAUUGUUGACAUGCUCAGUGGGACUGAACCUGGUGUUCCCUGUGUUAGAGAUGCAUGUCUUACCACAGGACAUGGAAAAGUGUAUGAAGGAGGGACUUCAAACGUGGGCGAAGCAGAUUGAAGAUGGGCUUUGCCUCAUCAAUGGCGACGCGAUGCCUGGCGAGGUGGAGCUACUGGGGGGGCAGAAAAAGAAUGCAAAGGCUGUUCAGCAGACGUUUCGAGCCCAGAUCCUCAUCCCGAUGGCGGAACCCCAAUCAGAGCGGAGGUUGACGGCGUCUGUGAAGGUGUGCAGUGGGUCUCUCACCCUGAAGGGAAUGGUGCAGUGCAGGGCCUACCUCCACAGCAACAAACCCAGAGCCAAGCACGCUACAGAGGUCAUCAAGAGAGAUGUCAUCAACACGGUCUCUAGCAGAGUGGAGAUGUUCCUGGAAGAUCUUUUAAUGGAGGGAGAGGACAAAGGGUCAGUCGGUGUACAGCAGAUGCUCCCUCGCAGAGUGUUUGCCCCCGUGCCCGGAAUGAGCCUGUGUGUGUGUGACUACAUGUUCCCUGACGAGUGUGUGUCCGAUGUGAGUGACCGUCUCAAAGAGAUGCUGGACUGGGAGACACCCGAGGACAGCAUAGACACCUCCCAGGAGGCCGUCCCAGAAGCUCCUACGAUUGACCUAAAGAAUACAGUUGUUCAGAAGAACCUGAAGGCUAAAUCUACCCUUGACGCUCGUCCUAAGACACCCUCUGAAGAUCCCACUGAAGCCCACAAAAGCCACAAAACAUAUUACGCUGGUGUUGCCAUGGCAGCCGCAAUCGCUCUCCUAGCAACAGGCACCUCGCUGAUCUACCUGAGCGACUAACGGUGGAGGCACAGGACACACACACACCACGAGAGCUGUUGUUAUGCUCAGUGACUUAAUCGCUUUGAUUAAAUAGAUUUUCAUGAAAUUGAGUUGACAUGGUUAUUAUAAAAGUAUAUGCAAGCUGUAUGUUUGGUAUUGAUAAUUCAACAUUUUAUUUUUCAUAUGAAUUGUAAAGCAGAAUUGUGUAGAGACAAAAAUAAAUAAAUACAGUUCGUUUUGAUUUAUUUUGUUUCAGUUGUAAAAAGGUUUCACAAAGAAACAUGUGUGCAGCGUAUGAUUUAAUAUCUUUCAGUAAGUAUGUCUAUUGCCAUAUAUUCAAAAUUCCCCUCCCAUAUGUGUGGGGAAAAUGGACCCACUUUUUGUUGUUCAGUUCAUUCAGUCAUCAACAGAUAUUCUGAUGUGUGCCAAUCAUAAACUUUCGGCUCUGUCCUCACAUAUUGCCUCAGGCCAACCGUAAUCGAACCUCUCCUCAACCACAGUGCUGGCACAGCGAACAACGGACAUGUCAGAAGUGCUUAAGAGUGUCUGGAUUCAACAUUGUCUUUUUUUUGCAAUGACUUAGGCCUACGGUAUGGUCUUGUAUGGUUAUGCUUGGUAUGAUGGGCAUAUUCUAUGCUUUGAUCCUCCCAAAGGAUCGUUCAUGCUUGGCCUUAAUAUCGCAAAUACUGUAUUUUAUGUAUUCAUCUAUGACGGAAUUGAGCAGAAUAAAGAAGUCCGUUCAAAGUAA